GGAACCUCAAAAAUUUCCAUUGUUUCCAUAAUACAUUCGCUUUGCUAUAAAAGGUGUAGAGAGCUAAUGGAGAGGUACCAUCUGGUAAAGUAAACUUAGCAAAGAAACAACCAUGAAGCUGAUCGUUGUCGCCAUCAUUGCGUGCAUCCUGCUCAUCGGAUUCUCUGAUCUUGCCUCCGGAUCCGACACGUGUGCCUGCCAGAUUUGUGGACCUGGUGGCAAGAAGUGUCCUGGUGACUGUCCUGAACGGGCUCCCCUCUGCAAGGAGCUGAUCAACAUUUUGAGUGCUAUCGAGAAAAAUGUGCGUGUGUGCGUCUGCGGAGAAAAAACAUGGUUGCUCUAGUGAUGCACUUUUAACCUGGUCGGCAAU